CUUCCUGCAAAACAAACCCUGCCUGCCUGCCUCGUUGCCUCGCCGCCUCGCCCCGCAGUGUUUACUCUCAUAAACCAGAAAAUGGCGCAGGCUGGAGUGUUUUUAGAGCAGGAUCAGUUUAACUGCUCCAUCUGUCUGGACGUGCUGAAGGACCCUGUGACGGUGCCGUGCGGACACAGCUACUGUAAAGGCUGCAUCAAAGGCUACUGGGACCAGGACGACUACCUGGGGAUUUACGGCUGUCCCCAGUGCAGGCAGAGCUUCGCCCCGAGGCCCGUGCUGGGCAGGAACACCAUGCUAGCCGAUGUCGUGGAUAGGCUGAAGAAAACGGGUCUCGGUUCCUCGUCGGCGCUUUCCGAGGCUCCUAUGUCCGAGCCGACGUUCGCCGAGCCCGGGGACGUGGAGUGCGACGUGUGCACCGGCCGGAAGAAUAAAGCCUUCAGGUCGUGCCUGGUUUGCUUAGCUUCGUACUGCGAAACUCACCUGAAGCCUCACUACGAGUCCCCUGCCUUCCAGAAGCACAGGCUGACGGCUCCGUCCAGCAAGCUGCAGGACAGCCUCUGCUCUCGCCAUGACAAGCUUCUGGAGGUGUUCUGCAGGACAGACCAGCACUGUAUCUGCUACCUUUGUCUGACAGAUGAACACAAAGGCCAUGACACUGUUCUGGCCUCAGCAGAGAUGACCGAGAAAAAGAACGCCCUGGCCGAGAUGCAGAGGAACUCUCAACAGAAGAUUCAGGAGAGAGAGAAGGAGUUGCAGGAUCUGAGACAGGCCACUCAGUCUCUCACUCUCUCUGCGCAGGCAGCUCUGGAGGAGAGCGAGCGGAUCUUCACGGAGCUGGUGUGCUCUAUAGAGCGGCGGCGCACGGAGGUGAAGGAGCUGAUUCGGGUUCAGGAGAGAGCAGCCAUGGCCCAGGCAGAGGAACUGCUCCGGCAGCUGGAGCGGGAGAUCACUGAGCUGAAGAAACGAGAUACUGAGUUAGACCAGCUGGUCCAAACAGAGGACCAUAUCUCCUUCCUCCAGAACUACAGAUCUGCAUGCACUCAGCCUGUGACCAUGGACAUACCGGGCAUUACCGUGGACCCAGGGUUUGGGUGUGUGAUGAGUGCUGUGUCUGAAUUCCAGGCUUUGUUGGAAGAUGUCUGCCAAGGUGGAUUUGUGAACAUCUCAGAGAAAGUGAAGGAUGUCACCAUUAUUCAGAAUACAAAACCAAACAUGGAUACAGAGCCAAAUGCAGCUCUUCCUCCAGUGGCUCCAGUCACCUUUCCAGUGACCCCGAUUUUUCAAAACACUUUUGGAACUGCUGCACCCACAUUUAACGGUUUUACAUUCGCAUCAUUCGCUUCCAGACCUUCCGGUACUCGCCUGAGAACUCAGCAGCGGAGGAGACGGAGUUUUUGUGAGCCUGUGCCCACUGCAGCCUCAGCUUUCUGUCUUUGGCUGACAGAAGUAGUGCACACCGAUAUGUCCUCUGCUGUUGUAGCCCAUCCUCCUCAAGCGGUUUCCCACGCCCAGUGUGUACAUAAACCCUAUUGUCUCCCUCCCUCUGCCUUUUUCACUCUUAUCUCCCUCGCCCUCGCCGCAUACCAAAGUACGCUUGGAAAAAUGGCAGCCGCAGCUACCAUCUCAGUGGACGAGGACCAGUUCAGCUGUCCUGUGUGUCUGGAAAUUCUGAGGGAUCCGGUGACCAUUCCCUGUGGCCACAGCUAUUGUAUGGACUGUAUUAAAGGCUAUUGGAGGAAAACAGAGCACAAAGCAGGCUACAGUUGCCCUCAGUGCAGAAGAGGCUUUAACCCAAGGCCUGUUCUGGCCAGGAACACCAUGCUGGCCGAGUUGGUGGGCAAAUUGAGGGAGGCUGUGGUCCAGGAGGCCCCUCAAGGGCCAGCUAAAGCAGCAGAAGUGGACUGUGACGUGUGUUCUGGGAGGAAACGGAGAGCUGUGAAGUCUUGCGUUAAGUGCUUGGCUUCCUACUGCGAGGUUCAUCUCAAACAGCACAACGAGCGUGACCGCUCCAAAACCCACAGACUGACGGAGGCCAUGAGACACCUGCAGAAAAGAGUGUGCUCUCAGCACAGCAGGCUGUUUGAGCUCUACUGCCGCACAGACCAGCAGCUCAUUUGCUGCCUUUGUACCACAGAUGGACACAAUGGACAUCAUACAGUAGCAGCGUUGGAGGAGAGGACUGAAAAGCAGAGGCAGUUAGAAGAGGCCUUCAGAAGAUCAAAACAGAGGAGCAAAGAGAAAGAAAAGGAGCUUAAAAGUAUUAUGAAAUACCUCAAGCGUUCCGCACAGGCAGUGGAAGACGACAGUGAGAGGAUUUGCACAAAACUGACCCGCUCCAUCGAGAGGAGGCACUGCGAAGUGAAGGAGCUGGUCAGAGCUGAGGAGAGGGCAGCACUGGCCCAGGCAGAGGGACUGCUGGAGAGCCUGGAGCUGCAGAUAGAAGAUCACAGGAGGAGGGAGAACGAACUGGAGCAGCUCUCACACACCGAGGAUCAUAUCCAUUUCCUACAGAAAUGCAAGGCCCUCUGCAUUCCUGCUGAACUCGAGGAGUUGCCCUGUGUUGAUGUACAUCCAUACUUCUCCUUGAUGAUUCUGAGAAGAGCCCUCACCGAGCUGAGAGAGCGAGUGAAUGACGUGUGCGACAGGGAGCUGUCCAGGAUCUCUGAUUUGAUUAAAGAUGACCAGAGCGAGUCAGAUGAGACCCCCCCUUGUGUUCCUGUACAUACUGAAAUAGUUUCUCCUGCAAAAAGCACAGAUCAACCACAGAGCGAGCCAAAGAUGAGGGCAGACUUUCUGCAGUACUGCUGUGAGGUGACGCUGGACCAGAACACUGCUAACUCCUACCUCUGCUUGUCUGAGGGGAACCGAAAGGUCAGCACAGGUCACGAGUCCCAGCACUACCCAGAUCACCCGGACCGGUUUGGCAUCUGGGCUCAGGUUCUAGGCAAAGAGGGCCUUUCCGGACGUUGCUACUGGGAAGUAGAAUGGGCUGGCAAAGGCGGAAUCGCUGUUGGAGUUUCUUACAAGGGAAUCAUCAGGCUCGGUGGAGGCCCAGAUGGUAAACUGGGUUGCAAUUCCAAGUCCUGGAGUUUGGAUUUCUCUGAUGGCCUUUGCACAUUUCAGCACAAUAAAAACAAGUCAGAGAUACCCACUCCGAUUUCACCCAAGAUAGGAGUCUAUCUGGACCACAAGGCAGGGACUUUGGCAUUUUACUGUGUCUCUCCGAGAGGGGAUACUAUGACCCUGCUCCACAGGGUACAAACCACAUUCUCCCAGCCACUCUACCCUGGAUUUUGGGUAGGGCUGGGCUCCACACUGAAACUGUGCCCCAUUUACAAUUUCUCAGCGUAGAGAGGGGAAAUGCACUGUAGCUGUCAGAAAAAUGUUUCUGAACUCUCUGGAACGACCUGGACUUCUGCAGGAGACGCGUUACAUUUUACAGUGUCAUCUAUGAACAAAUAACUGCUGGAACAAAAUCUUGAGUCUUUAUAAUGGUAAUUGUACAAGAAAAAGAAAAAUGUUCCAUUCAUCACAUUUCCACACAAUAGAAGAGACAUCUGGUGUUCUC